UCAGCUGCAGCCUCCCUUGUGUAUAUAUCGAACCUAGUUUCCCAACAUCAAUUGGAUUUUCCACUUGCAAAUUAGAUUUUUCUUACAAAUUCUAAUCCAAAAAAUCCAUCACGAUACCUACUAAUUCCCUCUAUCAUAUGGAUUCCGUCGAGAAUCGAGCUGCCGCCGGUGAUGAAGAUGUCAGUCUUGUAGGUUUACAACAAGAAGCUCUCAUUCAUGGGUCCAUGAAUUUUUCUUCCAGUGGAAUUCAAGCUACUCUCAACAACCUGAGUAUGUGGCUGGUGGCUGUAGUUUUCGGUAUUGUCUUCCUUUGGAGGCAUGAUAUAGAAAUAUUAUGGGCUACUUCAGGUGGUGUUCUCAAUGUCUAUCUCUCAACAUUAUUGAAGAACAUACUUAACCAUGAGCGCCCCGUUCCAACAUUAAGAUUAGAUCCUGGGAUGCCUUCUAGACAUGCGCAGUCCAUCUUCUACACAGUGGCAUUCUGUAUCAUCUCAAUGGUUAAAUAUUUCGGGUUUAAUGGAAUAACUGCAAUCACUAGUGCGCUUUUCUUUGCAAUGGGCUCAUACUUUUCAUGGCUGCGAAUUUCACAACGAUUUCACACGUUAAAUCAAGUAGCAGUGGGUGCAGUACUAGGAUUUUGUUUUUCCAUUUUCUGGUUCUUGCUGUGGGAUGCUAUAGUCAUGAAGGCAUUUAUAGCCCACUUUUGGGUUCAGAUUGUAGCUGUUGUUGGCGCUGCUGGUUCUUGUGUUGGAUUUCUCCUACACGUGAUUCGAAACUGGGUUCAUGACCACCAACAUUGAUUCUUAAUUUGUAGUGUAUGCGAUACAGACUGAUCAGAAUAACACACAACACGGAUGCUUCAUAUAGUAA